GUAAAGAAAUGUUGGGGCAUCAAUCGAUUCAAAAUAUAUCAUAAAAAACGGGAGUGAAAGAUUUCAUUACUUUGGGUGUCGUAUUUAACACUUUACGUUAACGACACAUUGGAUAUACGGAUUGCGAGAAUGAUGCAGUGAGACAGCCGGAGAAGAUGAUUUUACCCCUAUGGCUGAUAGCUCUCGUCAGCUAUGGUCAGUCAGAUGCCAGUAACCCUCUCAUAUUUGGAGGGGCACAAGGAGACUGUAAACCCAUCUGUCCAUGUUUGAUGGAUGGUAUCAACUAUGACCAUGGAGAACAAUGGAAGAAAAAAGGAUACCCCUGUACCACUUAUGAAUGCUUCAACGGAUUUUACAAAGCUAUCAAAGAAGGCUGUGAUUACAAAGGAACAUGUAAGAGCUCGGGAAUCACCUGGACGGAAAAUUGUUUUACAUAUAAAUGUGACACUUCAGAUGAUAUAUCCCACUACUCUUUAGUGGAAGGAGGUUGCUUAGACUCUUAUGGUAACUGCCGAGCUGUUGGAGAGAGGUUUUCUCAGAACUGUAAUACGGUUGAGUGUCAAGUAGUGAAUGGAUCCUGCUUCCAUUUGGUUACAAUAACAAAAGGGUGCAUCUUUGAGGGAGAUUGUCGGACUUUGAACUCAUUCUGGCAUGACGGCUGUUCGGUGUAUCAAUGCAUGCAGACUCCGGGGAGUGUGACGUACCAAAAACUUACUGACGAGGUAAUGUACUGGCCACAGGGACCUUAUGGCUUGCUGAUGCCGGAGAAUGGAUGUCCUGACGACAUUCCGUCAGCCUGGAGCAAUGGCAGCCGACUCCAUUAUAGCAAUGGACGCUCCAUGCCGUCGUUCUCCUUCCAUCUUUACGGCAAUUAUUCAAAGAUAACUUUCCAGCACUUCUUCUGCAUUCAUGAUCAUCCGGGUGACCCUUUCCUUUUGCCUCGAUAUCAAACCUACUGGGACGCGGGGAAAUAUUGCAUAUUCAGGGUGUCAGGGCAGUGUCCAAAUGGAUUUCAGGAUGGUUUUAUCGGAAUGGACGACCUAAAUGGUUUGGAAUUCAUGCAGACCAUGAAUGGAUCGGUCCCUGACGGGGUGUAUGAUAAAGACACAGGGUUUUUCUUCUGUUGUCGAUUCGAUGGUGACAUCGAUAAUCCAAUAGUUUUACCAAAGGAUGAACCAUUCGUUUUAUUUAAGGCCAAUGGUAGCACUGAUUGCCAAUCGGUGCGAGGCAUGGUUCACCAACUAGAGUUUUUCUUGUUUGAUGAUGAGAAUAUCAAUACCAAACUGUAUCAGAAUGGUUCUCUGCCGGAAGUCAAACGUGCAACAAACAACACUGUCAUCUAUUUCUGUUACUACACACCUAUAUCUUGUGGUUGUGAAGAUGAAAAUGGAAACAUGAUAAAGUUAGGUGAAAAGGUCCAAAAGAACUGUGUGUGGUACCGGUGUAAAAGAUUCCAAAAUAAUCUACGUUACCUGGAGGUUAUAAAGGGAGGUUGUUCGUUGAACGGGAGAUGUGUAUCAGAGAACAAAACGUGGACGGUUACGAAAGGAGAAAUGUGCAGUCAUUACAUGUGUAUCAGACAGAGGAGCGGACCCUUUCCAAAGUACUUCAUAAAAAAGCUACACGAAGGCUGUAUUGAUGGGGGCUCCUGUCGAGGGCUGGGAUUCAGUAAAAGACGUGGCUGCUACGAGUUACAAUGCAGAUUUCAUCCCCAGGUGCAAAGACCUUACUACAAACUCGUCCGUGCAGGUUGUAGUGACGGAAUGGGCGGAUGUUUGGCAAUCAACACGACAAAGGUCAUUAACUGUAUAUCGUACCGCUGUGAGAGGCAUUCCUCCAACUGCGGGCUAGACUUCUAUAAAGGAGGAUGCAAUGAUGGAGGAGAAUGUCAUGACGUAAAUACCACGUGGACAAGCAAAAGCUGUCACGUGAUGAACUGUAGAAUGACAGCCACCAAGUCGGGACCUGUGAGAAUAAAGACAACCAUAAAGAAAUAUGCCUGCAAAUUUUACGGAAAAUGUUAUAAAGAAGGACAAAUCGUGAAAGCCAGCUGUGUGACGAGACAAUGUAAAGUGAACAGGGAAAAGAACACAGUUACAAUGGAGGCCGUACACGCUGAUUGUAAGGUCAACGGAGAGUGCGUCCCUGUCAAUACAACGUACAGAGACGGAUGCUCUGUCAAGCGAUGCUAUUGGCGAAAGCAAGGGAACGUUUAUACCUCUGGGAGUGAUGUCGUCACGUUUGGCUGUAAAUGGAAAGACAGCUGUAUUAAUGAGAGCGAGAUACGACAACAUGAUUGUACUCAUUACAUCUGCCGGGUCUCUCAGAAAGGACGAUACAAACGCACAGAGUUGGCUGUCUACAGUCAAGAUUGCAAGGACAAACAAGGAAAAUGUAUUUCCGUCGGAAGUCAGAGUGAUGGACAAAACUGCAAAAAAGUUAAAUGUGUGUCUAGGAAUGGUUUAUCGAUGCUGGAAAACAUAGCAACGGGAUGUUUAGACAAGAAAGAAUGCAGAGAGGACGGGGGGAACUGGACACAUCCCGGAAAUUGUGUCACCUACGGUUGUCGCAUAAAAAGUCAAAAUGGUGGGCUUUAUCCUCAAGUACAAAUUGUAAACGUUGGAUGUCAGAUGGGUGGUGUUUGCUAUAGUGCUGGAGAGACAUGGGACUCGGGGUGUUUGGAAAGAAAGUGUGUUGUCAAGAGAUCAACGAAAGGUUUCUCCCGCUCAAUAACGGCAAAACUAAGAGGGUGUACUGUCAAUGGGAAGUGCCUGGAGAUUGGAUUCCAAGAGAUGAGAGACAAAUGUUUGAACUACGCUUGUAUGCUGGAUAAAGUAUCGAAACGACCCGUGUACAAACUACUUAAAGGAGCAUGCAGAGAUUUAGACGGAAACUGUCGCGAUGUUGGUGAAGAGUGGAACCACCUCUACAAACCUAACAAAGUCUGCCUCCGUCUAAAGUGUGCGUACUCGGGCGGAGUUUAUCGAAUUUCUACACUCAAAAUACUGUGUAAAGAUAAAAAUGACAACUGUAGACAGCAAGGAGAACGUGGAUUUCCGGGAAUGAUCGGAGGGCGGACCUACAAGAACUGUCAGUGUAAAGCCUAUGGUCGCCAGUCAAGACUAUCAUGCUCUCCUUAGGAUUAUGUCAAUUUCAACAACGGGCCAAUCUACAUUAUCUAUAUUUUUUAAAAUUAACACGAGAAAUUAAUAAUCCCUAGGAAAUUACUUUCUCGUCUAUCACAAACUGCAAAACUGUAUUUUGAGGAGGAAUAUUAUAUCUCUAAUUCCUUUUUCUCCCCGAAAAGCUACAGUUUUUCAGCUUGUCUGUUACAAAUGCAAAGCUUGAGGGAGAAAUAUAUUUUUUUGAAAAUGACAGUUAUAUUCAUAUAUCGACGUCAUUACGAUUGUACUGCAAUUUCAUAUGCAUGUACUUGCAGUACACCGUUGAAUACAUAUAUUGUCAGAAAUUGGUUUCAAAAGUUUAUUCUAUGUGAAUUAUUUGUUGAAUUGUUAUAAAUCGAGAUACAAUAAGAUA